UUGCAACUAUAUUACUGAAUUUGUGUGGACAAUGUGGGGUAAUGUAAAGGCGUAAACCUUAUAAGAGGAUCUGAACAGAAAUAAGGAACAGUGUCGCGCUUUUCAGCAAGAGGUGAUUGUCUUGUGAGACAGUAAAAUCGCUUCUGACAUAUUUCUUUUUAAAUAUGAGCACUGAUUAUUAUUGACAGUGAUGAAUUGGACUAAAACAAUUCAUCCCAUUUCCGUGAAAUAGUAUCUAUGUUAUCUCAUUUGAAGUGGACAGUGAGGUCUUCUUAAAGGGUCGUAGAGAGGAGUGCGCAGUCAGUGUUAUCUGAAACAGGAUGAAGACUCUAUUAAUAUCCAGCUUGCUCUUGGUGGCAGCAUAUGGUGGUUCAGACCACCAGGAAAACUUCAAAGAAAUCAUCGACAUUGUCAACUCAUCCGGAGCUAAAUGGAAAGCUGGGCAGAACUUUGGGGAGAACACGACAGUAGCAUCAUUGAAGAAGUUUCUGGGAUUGAAGAGAGAUAGGCUCUUCAAAUUGCCGCUAAGAGCAGAACACCCCACCCUGAACUCCAAGAUCCCAGAGAGUUUCGAUGCAAGGGACAACUGGCCUGCUUGUGAUUCCAUUCGUCACAUCAGGGAUCAGGGAACCUGCGGAUCUUGUUGGAGCAUUCAUGUGUUGAAGAGUGCUGUCCUUAUAUACUUCAAUAGACUUGUCAGUCUGAAAGAGAGUGCCGGUGUUGCAGUUGCUGCUGCUGGAGCGUUCACAGACAGGUUAUGCAUUGCUACAAACGGCAAGUUCACGUUGCCACUCUCUUCAGAGGAACUGCUGGCCUGCUGCUCAAGCUGUGGAGAUGGUUGUAACGGAGGAUAUCCUUCUGCAGCAUGGAAGUAUUUUGCUAGUAACGGACUCGUUACUGGAGGAGACUACAAAUCUGACGUGGGUUGCCAGCCGUACGAAAUUCCAGCUUGCUCGCAUCACGUCAAAGGAUCGCUGCCAUCCUGCGACUCCUUACCAGAAUCAAAGACACCCAAAUGCCAAAGGAAGUGUACAAACUCAGCCUAUCCUGGUUCCUUCUCGUCGGAUCACCACAAACUUAAAAGCUAUUACUCCGUUAGCGACAGAGUGGAAGAGAUUCAGAAAGAGAUAAUGCUCCACGGUCCGGUAGAAGCAGGUUACACAGUCUACUCAGACUUUCCGACUUACAAAUCAGGUGUUUAUCAUUACGUGACUGGUGAAGAGCUUGGUGGACACGCAGUGAAGAUCAUUGGCUGGGGCGUCGAAGAUGGCACACCCUAUUGGCUAAUAGCUAACCAAUGGAACGAAAGCUGGGGUGAUAAAGGGCUUUUCAAGAUAUUGAGAGGAAAAGACGAAUGCGGCAUUGAAUCUGAAAUUGUUGCCGGUAUUCCCAAAGUAUAAAUAAAUACGCAUCAUUAUUAUUAUUAUUAUUAUCAUUGUAUAUUUUAAAUAAAACUGUUUUAUAAAAAUGUGAAUGCUUUUUUACAAUCACAAU